AAUGAUUAUCUGUGUUUUGGACGCGGAGUUAUUUUUUGAACCGAAUUUGGGUCGCAUUGCCGUCAGCCACGAGCCCAACCAAACAUUUCCAACAUUCCUCAAAUUCUUUUCAUGAUUAAACCCAUUGUGUUCGCUGGGCUGUGUUGUUUUUUGAUUAGGCUAAUCGGCCAGUCUUCUGGAUUGGAAAUAUCCCAGAAUUUUCACCUUCAUGGGCGAAACAAUCUGCUUGAAUGUCUGUUUUAGGGUUGUGUGUGGUUUGCGCGCGUGUAUUAAGGCCAGGGUCCAGUGAUUGGGGAUUUAUUGAAGUCGGUGAACGAGAGAGGCAGCGGAAAUGUACAGGACACAUGUUAUGACAGCAAUGACGUCACAAGUGUUUUGAUAUAGCUCCGAGCCAGUUAGAGAGGCCCGCGGAAAACACACCAAUGAAAACUAAUUGGCUGGCGUAAUAAUGUCCAAUUCAAUUCGUGACAGCCAACCCGGGUGACCGGCUCGGGUUUCCCUCGUGUUGUCAUUUCACUUUACGUCUCGUAGAAAGGAGCUUCAGUUUCGAGCAUGGAGAAAUCUGACGGGCAGCUCACGCGUUUGAGCGUGACAAAGACGUUUUCACGCGAAAGGAAUCGUAUCUAGGUAGCGUGGAUUAUGACUGCACUGGCUGUAUACUUACCAUGGGGGAUUUCAAGAAUAAUUCACGCUCAUUCUCACAACGCCGAGAUUUAUGGUCACGUGACAGGACUCCCCCGCAACGAGCUCGGGAUAAAAGAGAAACCCCGAGUGCGCAUGCGCCCGGCAGCUCCACAGACUCUUCCGUCAAAAUGGCGUUAACUUGUAAAGUUCAGUAUUUAGAUGACACAGAUCCUUUUGCAAGCACAAAUUUUCCUGAACCUACACGGCCUCCGACGUACACAUUCCACUUGAAUAUACCACUUUUUCAACAAAUCGCUGGACUCCACCGGCUGCUAAAUGCGCCGCACAAUAUUGACGAUGUGGCGCUACAGCUGUCCCACAAUGGAUGUUAUUUAGAUCUGGAGAGCUCGCUGGAAGAGCAAGCCGAUUUGUUGGAAGGUUUUUUAGACAGUCGCAAAAACACAAUAAUUUUGCGGACGGCCCUUUCCGUUCGGGUUCACAACUGUAUCGGUAAGUCAAGUAUUAAAACAUCGCCUACUUUUAGGUUAUCUCGUGUUGUUUUUCGGCGGUUUCACUGUAUGAGCUCAUGUUUGAAUGCAAAAUAUGAUUUAUUAGCUAUUCAUGUCCAGGGGGAAGCAGGGAGAGUGAUUUAUAAUCUGAACUGUGUCUAAACUAAACCGUCUGAUCCGCACGGAUUUUCUCGAACACACACAAAUGCCUUGCCAACUGUUGUGAAAGCCCGAUAUUUAUUAUGGCUUCAGCUACAUUUUGCGUGCCUUAUGCUCUUCAGUAUAAUGUUUGGAGUGGGUUGUUUUGGCUUAAAUGCGAUAACAAUACAUCAGCACUACAAGACGCAAUGUUACUUUACUAAUGGUGGCUUGCCGUUCGUACAGCAUGCUGGCAUUUCAAGUAGCCCGGUUAUGUUACUAUUUGCCAGCUUAUUUGGGUCAAUAAGUCAACAGACGGCUAGUUAGAAUUUUGCGAUUUCCGCUCGUAGCUCUUAGUUUUGCGAUCAAACAAAUAAAGAAACCGUAAAACUGCUUUUUUUGUCAGUCCUAACCGUCCUGUUCUGCCUUGCACGAAACAGUUUUCUCUCAGCGCGUUACUGUUUUGUGCAGCGAUUUGCAUAAAAAUAGGUUUGUAAUCUUGGUUUGGUUGAACGAUCGGUUUACUCGCGGCUUAUUUACUUUGAGCGUUUAGAAUUACUCCUGUGCGUGAGAUUUGGCUAUUCGUGACUUCAGAUCUUGCCCAGUGUGUAUCAGAAGAACGCUUUAUCUCUGCACUGGAAAGGAACACUGUCAAGUUCGAAAUGUGUCGGGUAGAUUUCGUGUUGUUCAUUUCAGCAUCAUGCUGAUUUCAUCCAGUAGCGGCUCCGGCAUUGAGCUAAUUUUGUAAAGAUGAAAAGUCGCUGAAAAUUACCUUGGGAAUUUCUACGGAAGACCAGUUUUAGGGAAGCGUUCCAAAUUUGUCUUUUUACGUCUGCUUCCUUUUGUGGUUAUAAUGGAAAUCAGGCCAUUUUCGGGGUUUUGUUCAACAUUUCUUUUGAUGGUUACUCACCCGAAACAUGACGGACCAUAUUUAACUAUGGCUCUUGUUAUUUGUGAUGAUAACAAUGAGCUUGUUUAUCAUGCGUGUGUGUGUAAAAAUUAAUCCAACGUUGCCUUAUAUUGCCAAUCCAGUGAGAUAUUAACAAGCCUUGAACAAAUUAAAAGACUGUUUUUCUAUGUACAGUCUGAAAGAUUAUUGUGAAUGUCGGUGUUUUGUUUAUUUUUCUUUUCUUUUCCUCUGGAAAGUUUCAAUAACAUUCCCAUCUUUUGCUCUCAAUUUUUCUGUUGGCUCUGUGCUUUGGGGCAAAACGAGAAAAUGCUUGUACUUGGUUUGAUUGUGUUAUUUGAGUUUCGUUAAUUUACCGGCAUUUUACAGGCCAAGGUUAUCAGACACUGUUUGGGUCAAAUACAGUAUGAUAAUAUAUAACAUGUACGAAGUCAGUAAUCAUUGGUAUUCUUAGAAAGAACAGUUACUUUACAGCCUUAAGUCGGAAGUUGAAGUUGUUUUUGUUGCAAAGAAUGAAAACUUGCCAAAUGUAAAUCAUGUAUAAUUUUAGUUAAAUGUUCAAAAUGUAUAGGUAUGCAUUAUCGCUCGAUUAGAGAUUAUACAGCCAAAAUAGAAUUUGUUGUCGAGGAAAC